AUGCCUAUGGAUUUGACAGAAUUUGAUGUUUUCGAUGAAUCGAAUGUAGAAUUUAUGGAUGCUGUUGCUGAAACUUUAUCAAGUACUGUAAUUUCAGAAAUAUUCCAGGAUCAAUUAGUUGUAGUCAAUUCUAAUGCCAAAUCGUGCACCCUAAAUCUAUCCAUUAAGCCUGUUCAUAAACUAAAUUCUAAAUUAUUAAACUCAUGUCUAACUCUUGUAGAUCAAAAUCUAUCAGCUCACUACAGUCGCCAAAAUGGUAAGGAAUGGAAACUCGAAAAACGAGAAGAAAUGCUACAGGAUGGUUUGAUAUAUAUCUUUUACAAGGACGAAGAUAGUGGUAACAUCGUUGCUUUUCUUCUGUUCAUGUUGACAUACUAUGAACCGGAGGAGAAAAUAAACAAGGUGUUGUAUUUGUUCGAAAUUCAUGUAAGUAAGAGUUAUCAAUCACUAAGGAUUGGAGCCGAAUUAAUAGAGCGAUUCCAUUUGGUUGCGAAGAGGUUACAUGAGCUCAAAGACGAUGAUUUGCUUCUGGUGGAUGCAACUUGUUUAACUGUGUUUAGCAAUAAUACGAAAGCUCUCAAAUGGUACGAGGCAUUGAACUACAAGGUCACAGAAGACUCCCCUAAAGACAAGGUUUUGAGGAAUAAGAAAGUUAUCAAACCUCCCUACUACAUCUUAACUCGAACGUUAUAA